UUUGAAAAUGAAAUCAUUUUGAAGUUGGACCAUGAGGUGGAAGGAGGACGUGGGGAUGAACACUACAUGCAGUUGUUUGAGUCCAUUCUUACAGAGUGUGCGCGUCAGUAUCCCACCAUUUUUGAAUCGGUUGAAAAAUUUGUCAGCCUAGUUAAAGGCCUCUUGGAGAAACUGCUGGAUUACCGAACUGUGAUGAAUGAUGAAAGCAAGGACAACCGCAUGAGCUGCACUGUGAACUUACUGAAUUUCUACAAGCACAUUAACCGGGAAGAGAUGUAUAUCAGGUAUUUGUAUAAAUUAAGAGAUCUUCAUUUAGAUUGUGAGAAUUACACAGAAGCAGCAUAUACCCUUCUACUCCAUACGUGGCUCUUGAAGUGGUCAGACGAACAGUGUGCACCCCAAGUCAUGUCGACAGAGUUCCAGUGUUCACAGACCUAUCGACACUUGAAAGAGAAUUUGUAUGAGAAGAUCAUAGAAUACUUUGACAAAGGAAAGAUGUGGGAAGAAGCCAUAUCUUUAUGCAAAGAACUUGCAGAGCAGUAUGAAAAGGAAGUUUUUGACUAUGAACUUCUAAGUCAAAACCUGAUUCAACAAGCAAAAUUCUAUGAAAACAUCAUGAAAAUUCUGAGACCUAAACCAGACUAUUUUGCUGUUGGGUAUUAUGGACAAGGAUUCCCCACAUUUCUAAGGAACAAAGUAUUCAUCUAUCGUGGGAAGGAAUAUGAGAGGAGAGAGGAUUUCCAGGCACAGCUGAUGAGUCAGUUUCCCAUUGCAGAGAAGAUGAACACCACCUCAGCACCUGGAGAGGAUGUGAAAAACUCUCCUGGUCAAUAUAUCCAGUGUUUUACAGUGCAACCAGUCCUGGAGGAGCAACCUAAAUUCAAAAAUAAGGCAGUACCUGAUCAAAUUCUAAAUUUUUAUAAGUCCAACAAUGUGCAGCGGUUCCACUAUUCAAGACCAGUCAGAAAAGGAUCUGUGGACCCUGAAAAUGAAUUUGCUUCUAUGUGGAUUGAGAGAACAUCGUUUGUUACAGCAUACAAACUUCCUGGAAUUUUACGAUGGUUUGAGGUUGUCUCCAUGUCACAGACCACAAUUAGUCCUUUAGAGAAUGCUAUUGAGACUAUGUCCACAACAAAUGAAAAAAUUUUGAUGAUGAUUAACCAGUACCAGAGUGAUGAGAACCUUCCUAUUAAUCCACUUUCUAUGCUUCUGAAUGGAAUUGUUGAUCCAGCUGUUAUGGGUGGCUUUGCUAAAUAUGAGAAGGCUUUCUUUACAGAAGACUAUAUCAGAGACCAUCCAGAGGAUCAAGAAAAGCUUAAUAGACUCAAAGAUCUAAUUGCUUGGCAGAUACCUUUCCUUGGGGCUGGAAUUAAAAUUCAUGAAAGAAGAGUUUCUGAUAAUCUUCGUCCUUUCCAUGACCGUAUGGAGGAAUGUUUUAAGCAUUUAAAAGUGAAAGUGGAAAAACAAUAUGGAGCCAGAGAAUUGCCAGAUUUUGAUGACAAGAGAGUAGGACGGCCAAGAUCCAUGCUGAGAUCCUAUCGUCAAUUAUCAGUUAUUUCACUGACUUCCAUGAAUUCAGACUGCAGUACUCCAAACAAAAUUGCUUCAGAAAGCUUUGAUCUGGAAGUAGUGCUACCAAAGCCAGUAAAAGCAGAAUCAGAGGAGACUGCUCUGCAAAUUAAUCCUCACCCUGAAGUAAAGAUGAGAAGGUCCAAAAAAAGAACAAAAAGAAGCAGUGUGGUGUUUGCUGAUGAGAAGACAGCACCUGACAUUUCUAUCUCCGACAUGAAAUGUCUGUCAAGGAAAUACGAGUUCAUGAGUGACACCAACCUCUCAGAACAUGUAGUGGCACCUCAGAAAACAUCUGUCCUCAAGCAGAUGAGUUCUGUCAGUCGUUCUAUGCCAACUAUCCCAGGAUUAACUCUGUCCAUCAGCCCAGUGGCACCUGAUGAAACAAUUGCAUCACAUAGGUUGAGUCAACCAGUGUUUCCUUCCACCUCAGAUGGUGACAAGAAAACCUUCAAAAAAAAGAAAGUGAACCAGUUAUUUAAAACAAUGCGCAUUUCCAAAGUUCUAGAAGAUGGAAGGCAGUCUGUGGAGCACCAUUUCAAAUCUUCAUCUACAGAUCUGUAA